AUGACGAAGAAAAAGAAAGUAAAAGCUUUCAAUACGAAGAAAAAACAUGUGCCGGAAGCAAACGUAAUUGUACAGCUGCAGUCAAAAUAUGAAACUAUCGAUGAGACGAAAGCAACAAAAUUUAAAGAUCUUCCGCUUUCGUCAAAAACAUUAAAAGCUCUGGCAGUAAAUAAUUACAUUGAAAUGACAGAUAUUCAAAGACAAAGUAUUGGAUUAGCAUUACGAGGGAAUGAUAUUUUAGGAGCAGCUAAAACUGGCAGUGGAAAAACCUUAGCAUUUCUUAUUCCAGUUUUAGAAAUUUUAUACUGCAAACAAUGGACAAGGUUAGAUGGACUUGGUGCACUGAUUAUUACACCAACUAGAGAACUUGCUUACCAAAUAUAUGAAACAUUACGAAAAGUUGGUCAGCAUCAUGAUAUUUCUGCUGGCCUUAUUAUUGGUGGAAAAGAUCUAAAAUUUGAAAAAAAGCGUAUGGACCAAUGCAAUAUUGUUAUAUGCACUCCUGGUCGAUUAUUACAACAUAUGGAUGAAAAUCCAUUAUUUGAUUGUGUAAAUAUGCAGGUACUAGUAUUAGAUGAAGCUGAUAGAUGUUUGGAUAUGGGUUUUGAGAAAACUAUGAAUUCUAUUAUUGAGAAUUUGCCUCCAAAACGACAAACUCUUUUAUUCUCUGCAACACAAACAAAAUCUGUAAGAGACUUAGCCAGGUUAAGUUUAAAAGAUCCUAUGUAUGUAUCUGUACACGAACAUGCUACACAUACCACACCAGAAGCUCUUCAACAAAGUUAUGUUGUUUGUGCUUUAGAAGAUAAAAUAUCUAUGCUAUGGUCCUUCAUAAGAAAUCACUUGAAACAAAAAAUUAUUGUAUUUUUUUCAAUAAAAUAUGAAGUAUUUUGUCGAUUGAGGCCUGGUAUAAGCAUGUUAGCCCUUUAUGGUACCUUGCACCAACUUAGAAGAAUGGAAAUUUAUGAAACUUUCUGUAAAAAAGAAUUCGCAGUAUUGUUCGCUACGGAUAUUGCUUCUCGUGGAUUAGAUUUUCCUGCUGUCAAUUGGGUUGUGCAAAUGGACUGUCCUGAAGAUGUAAAUGCGUAUAUACAUCGUGCUGGUAGGACAGCUAGAUUUCAAAGAGGUGGUGAAUGUUUAUUAGUUUUACUGCCUUCUGAAGAAAAAAUGGUUGAGAAACUCAAAGAACGUAAAAUUCCAAUAUCUAUGAUACAAAUUAACCCUAACAAAUUGCAAUCUCCACAACGCAAAAUGGAAGCAUUUUUAGCAAGAGAUGUUUCAUUAAAAGAAAGUGCUCAAAGAGCAUUUAUCACUUAUAUAAAAUCAAUUUUCUUAAUGAAAGAUAAAGAAAUUUUUAAUGUUCGUGCCUUAAAUACUGAUUCAUUUGCAAAAUCUUUAGGUUUAGCCAUACCUCCAAGAAUUCGAUUCCUUCAAAGAAUGGAACAUAAACAACAAUCAUUCGAUAAAUAUACCAAAGAGAAAGGACAGUUGACUGUAAAUGAUGAAUCAAACAGUGAUAUACAUGAACAAGAAAAUGCUAAUUACCACAAUCACAAUGCACAUAAAGAAAGAGAAGAAAAGAUUACAUCUCAAAUAUUGAAUCCAAAUAAUUUUACAUUUGACGAUAGUGAUGAUGAUAAUAUAUUGACUGUAAAAAGAAAAAAUAUUAACCUUGAUGAUAUCCCAAUUAUUGACAAUGACAAGAAGGACGAAAAUUCAAACAAGAAGAAACCAAUCACAAAAGCUGCAAUAGCUAAAAAAAUUUUACGGAAGAAAAUAGUACCAAAUAAGAAAAUUACCUUUGACGAAAAGGGAGAGGAGUUAAUAGAUUCCUCUAAAGUUAAAAUCUCUGAAUUAGCUAGACAAUACGAAAACGAAGAAGAUUCUGGAAUAAAUAUAGAAAUAGCUAAACAAAUAUUGCGCGAAGAAGACAAAUUUGAUAAACAACGAUUUAGGGAGAAAGUAAAAGAGAAGCACAGAGCAGAAAAACGGAAGUUAAAAGCUGCCAAAAGGAAAGUAGAAGAUAAAGACGACCAAGAAGAAAUGGAAGACAGUGCAGACGAUCAUGCUAGUGAGAGCGAACAGAGUGAACUAGAUUUAUCCUGGUUACCAGAUCCAGAUAAGAUUUAUGGCAAACAGCAAGAAAAACAUGAAGAAACUUUGAAUGCUUCGGAAACAGAGGAAAGUGAAGAGGAAAGCGAAAUACACAGACCGCCUAAAAGAAAACUCAUAACACAAGAAAAAUACAAAAAGAAAAAGAAGAAACCAAACAUAUUUGUCGAAACGGACAACAUAGAUUUGAAAGCGGACGAGGAACUAGCAUUACAACUUUUACAAGGUUAA